GUUGCUGGAAGGUUUGAAGACCGUGACGCGCGUGGAGAGAGACGGCUGGGGUUUAGAGAAGCACCGAUGUGUACCAGUCGUUCGUAUCAAUUUCAGUUUUCCUGAUGUGGCUGCGGUGAAAACGAUUGUCGCAUGCAAUGACUUUACCCCCGUGGAUAUUUUAUUUGCUUUAGUUUAUUUGCUUGCUUUAUUUAAUUGUUAUGUGGUAUAGAUGAAUGGCAUGCGCUUUUUGCGUGGAUACUUGAGGUGCCAUUGGGGGUGAGAGAGUGGUUUUGGCAAUAUGUGUCACUGGAAUAUGGUAUGCAACCGCAAGGCUUAUGGAAUAUAGCCUGGUUUGUCACAAUCUGUAUGCUUUCUCAUUUAGCCCGGUAAAAAAGAAAUUCAUUCUGCUCGGCAUAAUGUUUCUGCUCUGGGUAUACAUGCUUUACUCGUGCGUGGGCUACUGUGCCACUAUGCCAAGUUUGGUGGUGGACAAUUACCGGGGAAAAGAAACGGGGUCGGUUUCCGGAGUCGUAAAAAGGACGGAAAAUAACGGUAGAGCGGACCUCAUGUCCAGACUGCUACCUAGACCCCAACCCUGGGUAGAUAUAGAAUCCGAUUACGACGAAACAUCCGUGAGGACCUCUUCCAGAGACUUGCUCAAUAACGAGAUAGACGCGGACAGGGGAGCCGAGGACUGGAACGAAAUGAGAGUGGAGGGGCACAGAGCUCCUGAACCCGGCGCAAUGUCAAGUUUUUCCAACGGCUCCGGGAGCAAGAAGCUGCCGCAGGCGAUCAUCAUCGGGGUGAAGAAAGGAGGGACGCGCGCACUGCUCGAGUUCCUCCGAGUGCAUCCAGACAUCAGAGCGGUUGGAGCGGAGCCGCACUUCUUCGACCGUAACUACGAGAAUGGACUGGAGUGGUACAGGGAGUUGAUGCCUAAGACCCUAGAGGGACAGAUCACCAUGGAGAAGACCCCCAGCUACUUUGUGACCAGAGAGGCGCCGGCCCGGAUCUCCGCCAUGUCCCGGGACACCAAGCUGAUCGUAGUGGUGCGGGACCCGGUCACCAGGGCCAUCUCCGACUACACACAGACACUGUCCAAGAAGCCCGACAUUCCCACCUUCGAGAGCCUGACUUUCAAAAACAGGACUACGGGGCUUAUCGACACAUCCUGGAGUGCCAUCCAGAUCGGUAUCUACGCCAAGCACCUGGACAAUUGGCUGCAGUACUUCCCCAUGGACCAGAUUCUGUUUGUGAGCGGGGAACGUUUGAUCAGCGACCCGGCUGGGGAACUGGGCAGGGUACAGGACUUCCUGGGACUCAAGAGGAUCAUCACAGACAAACACUUCUACUUCAACCAGACCAAGGGCUUCCCCUGCCUCAAGAAGGCUGAGGGCAGCAGCAAGCCCCACUGUCUGGGCAAAACCAAAGGGCGGACCCACCCCAACAUCCACCCGGAGGUAGUGCAGAGGUUACGGGACUUCUACAGGCCUUUCAACAUGAAGUUUUACCAGAUGACAGGACAUAACUUUGGCUGGGAUUGAUGGAUGUGAAUUUGGGAGGACACAUGGUUAUUUUUCUCUGUAAUUCAAUGAAUGGCAAAAAGAACAUGGGAGAAGUUGCUAUAUAUAUGUAAAAUGUACAGAAAUCUAUUUUAUAAUAAUUUAUUUUAUUUCUAAGCAAUUAAUUCACUAAGCUGCCUAACCAUAUUGUACAUACAUAACAUCUGGCCCACGUUUUGUUUUUUUACAUUCCACAUUUAAUUUAAUUUGUAUUUACUCUUCCCUUAACGGUCCCUCAUGUCUACUCAGUGGAGGUAAAAUGUAAUAAAUGGUUAACUUUCAUGUUAAAGGCACCCUCACACCCUUUCCAGCACGCUUGCUCUUUAUCUACAUUCACCUAUUAAUGUUCCACCCAUUCCAUCGUUGUGUUUCAUUCAAAUGAGGUCCUUUCAGUUACCGCCGGUUACCCGCAUCCGCAUCCCAUUACCCUUCUGUCCCAUUGGUCUAACCAGCUGAUCUAAUGUCCUUUCCACUCAAUACCUGGUGGAUCAAUAGGCCUAAUUGCUUCUCAUUGUGCCAGACAUGGUUAAAGUAUAUGUCUGGCCUUCCUCUUGGAGAGCUCUGACAGUCUGUUCUAAUGAAUGGGCUGUCCAUCAGAGGCCUAUUUCUGACCGCAUCAUAUAGAUAGGGCCACAUGUUGACGUGAUGCUAAUGGGAUAACGUUACUAAGGCCCAUCGAUCUGGGUCUCCGCCCUGCUCCCAGGCCCUGUUCAAAGCACUGCUGGCUCGUAGCCAGCAUUCAAUGGUUGAAUAAAAUCCCAAUCAAAUGUGUUCUGAGAGACGUUUGGGUUGUUGAAGAGAUGGGGGAGUUGUGUCCUGAUAAUCUUCCUGUCUCUCAAAGUGUGAAUAUGAUCCCUUCCCUGGAUGACUUCACAGAAGACGGGAGAAAUGUUUGGGAUAUAACUGGGGAGGUUACUCCGGGUUGGGGUAAGACCAUCAAGUACAUGCUCGCACCCCCGUAUACAUAUGCCUGAUAUAGAGCGUGAAGGUACAUAUGACUGGAACAACACAGAGCUCUGAAACAUGUCAUCGUUACAUAGGAUUGGCUGGCCCCGGAUUCCGAUUUUAGACGGUACUCUACUGCUAAAUCGGUUCACUCUAACAGUGCAGUUGGGCCUUGGUCUAAAGUUGUGUCCCAUGCAGGGAAUGGAAAGGCAGGAGGAUGGUUUCUAAAGGGAUCCGCCACAGAACAUGACCGUGAUCCUAGUCAGACCACAUAAUGGUCAGGUGAUACAGUUUGUCUCUCACUCCAUCAUCCUAACAUCGUUCCUUUUAUUGUUCCAUAUUGGAUCUCAAUUCUCCUCAACUGCUUGCCAAAAAAAGUUUUUUUCCAGAGUAGGGAGCUCAGAUAUCAAGUUACCUAGCAACACACAAGCUUGAAUCACUGUCUGUUGUUCUUCUCCUAUUGUUGUUGUUUUCUUUUUCAGUGCUUCUUUGUUGUUGUUUAUCUUUCUACUUGAAUUCUGGAUAUGCAAGAGGGAGGAACUGUCUGUAGUUAUCAUUUGGAGGUGUACAUGCCCAAACCUUUGUGGUUUGUGGUUACUUCAAAGCCAUUUUAGUCUGAUUUAAGGCUGCUUCUGGGUCCUAAAUGACACCCUGUUCCUCUACAGUGUGGGCCUGCUAAUUCUGACAACGGCUUUGGUCAAACAUAGUAGCCCCAUAGAGGGAACUAGAAAGCCUUUGGCAGGCAGGAUCCAGAACAAAUGUACACACCCUACCCCUACACACUAAAAUCCUUCCAAUCAAAUGCAGAGCUGAAAGUGUCUGUCACUGACUAUUGGUCAUUGAAAAUGUAUAAAAGAAGGAAUAUUGUAUGGUACUUAUAAGAUACUUAAGACAAUGGUGCCUCUAAACCGUCCAGUCCAAUGCAAUUACCAAGCGUCUGUCUUAUUUGAACUGAGUCAGACAGUUAUAAAUGUUUUUGUUUUUUUACAUCAAACAAGUGGAUGGUAGCAGUGGCGAUAAGGGGAUUUUACUGGUCCCUUAUUAAAACACAGUUGCAUUUUUGCCUAGGAAUUGUUAUGCCUCAAUCUCCCCCUAUUGUUCUAUAGUGCAAUAGUAAUUACAGUAACAAAUAAUGGCCCUUGUAUUUAGCAGAUAAACUCUGGGAAUACAAGCUAUCACAUUAUACAUUUGGAAUAAUGUCACUCUUUUCUCCCUGUAAUGGCUGGAGUAGGGGAGACUGGGGCAGGUCACCCUGUUACACACUCCCCUGGUCUCCCCUAAUGCAUUGGAAUUUUGGUCUUGUUAAUGUAACUAAAAGAGUAUGAUAACAUCCCCAAUGGCGCUCUGUCCUCUAUUUAGUGCAUUCCUUUUGACAAAGGCUAAUAGGACUCUGGUCAAAAGUAGUGCACUAGAACGGGAAUACUGUUUAAUUUGGGAGGUAACCGUACCAAAAGUUUGCACUCAUGGUCACAAUCCAUGCCGCAUCCAUUAUGGUUGAGUUUUAUUCAACCCUUUCAGAGAUGGAAAUGUUAUUGAUGUUUGUCUUAUCCCCAUCUGCAUACCAUAUGGUUUAUAUGUAGACGUUUAGCAGAUUCUAUAAGUAUACAAACGAAAAAAAAAAUUUAAAUUGAGUAUUUUGUGGUAUCAUGUACAUCAAACAAAUUAAUUUUACACAGUGGAAGAGCAAAAUGGAACAGAUGUUUAUAGAUUAUUCAAUA